AUAUAUAGAGAGAUAGAUAAAGAUAGAUAGAUGCAUUGGUGAGUUUCGUUUCCUCAACUCAAAUGGCUGUGAAUGAUGGAAAUGACUCAUCCACUGAGGAGAUAGAGACUAAGAAGGUGCCCUAUUGUUGGGGAAAUGCUCAAACACCAUUUGCACUUCCCUUCCUUAGAUUCAGAGUCCCCAACUCCAACUUCACCACUUUCGUUUCUCCACCUGAACUACGCAGAUCCAUCACCAAUGCUGCUGAUCAUUUCUUCAGUUUUUUACACUCCCUCGCCUCUCAAAACCCCAUCCUCAACAAAGUACUCUCUUUGUCCUCUGAAUUUCACAGCUUAUGCGUUCAGAUUCGGUGCAGUAACUACAGGAACAUGAGGUCGUUGUGUAAUCACAAUUUUGCAGCAGUUUUACCAGGGGAUUCGGUGGCAGGGCUAGUGGUGGCUAAUGGAGUCUCGAGUUUCUUGAGCAUUUACAACACCUUGCUCAUUGUCAGGCUUGUCUUGACCUGGUUUCCCAAUUCUCCUCCUGCCAUCGUUAGUCCCCUCAGCACAAUUUGUGACCCAUAUCUGAACAUAUUCCGUGGGCUUAUUCCUCCUCUGGGUGGAACAUUGGAUCUAUCUCCCAUCUUAGCAUUUCUGGUCCUAAAUGCAUUCACUAGCACUGCUGCUGCACUCCCUGCGGAGCUUCCAGUCACAGAACAAUCCGAACAAGGUCUUGCAGCACCAUUACAAUCUACUCAUGUUACUACUUCACAGAAGAAAUGGAUGACGCGGCUUCAAGGGAAAAGGUCAAAGAACUCCGGUUCUGCCAUUUAGAAUAUAAUUAUGUUCAUUUGUGCCUUUGGCUCUGUUUAUUAAUUUAGAUAGGUUUCUGUUGUUCCUUCCCAGUUAUGAUAGUUCUCUAGGCAACACAAUUUUCGAGUUUGUGAUUGCUGAUAUUUGAACAGCUAUGGGGUAUGCUGUGAAAACAGUCACAGUUUAUUUUAUUUUUUUAUUUUUUCCAUUACAAUACAGAAAUCCCAUCAUUUUCUUUUAAUCAAAAAGGUACAUAAGCUGGAGCAAUAAUCAGCUCGAGCGUAGCAUAG